AUGGGGUAUUUUAAGAAUAGACCACCCUUUUAAAAGAGAGUUGCAAACUCAUCCCUAUUAAGUUAAUCUGAUGAGAUAUUGUUGGAUGAUCUAUUGUUCUUAAUAUCUUGCUUUGAGAAUAAUCAUUCAGAAUUUAUAACUAAAGCACCUUCAUAUUAUAUAGAAUAAUACUUUACAUUAGUUAAUGAAUAGUAAUACAUAAUUUAUAAAUGUUUAGGGAAUUUGCAAAUUCUUAUAUCAUUCGAAAUAAAGUAUUAUUAACAUGCCAUUUAAUGCUUCAUGAAUUUCAAUUAGGGAUUGAUUUUGCUGACCAUUUCUUAAAUUAGAAAUUCAUAGUUUUAUAGAAUAGAAAAUCUCCUAUACUUGUAAAAACUAGUGGAUAGAAAGAAGAAUGGCUAUCAGCAAAUAUUUAAUUAAGUUAUUUCUAAUAUUUAUAAAAAUUGGCUGUAAAUAUAUAAGUGUUCCAUGCUUGUAAAGUGUAACAAUAUCCUUUGUUUUAAGAGGGAUAAAAAUUUAUUGAUAUUCAAACAAAAUUGCUUUGGCUCUUUAAAAUUAGUAAUUUAGUAAUUAUAAAAAUUAAAUUAUAAGGUUAAUAGUGGAUUGGGUUAGAUGGAAAUCUUAAAAUAAGCUUUGCAAAUGGUACCUGAAGAUAUGUUAUUAAAAGAGAUUGUAUUAGUUUACUGGUCUGACAUCAUAGUAUUCUACAAUUUUCUUAGUAAAGAAGUAUAUCAACAUCCGUAAUAAAUAGAUCUUAUAAUUGUUAGAUUAUUAUAGACAUCUAGCUACACAUAUUUGUCUAUAAUUUUAUGAACUUUAUUUAUAAUUGUUUCAAAUUAGAAAUUCCAUUUCAGAUCUUUAUAAAUAUCGUAAACAUUUUGAUAGAGAUAAUGUUAUUAAAUAACCAAAAUGGUUUGAUGUGAAUAAACCAGUUCAUAAAUAAAUAGAAGAAUUCAUGUUGAAAUAAAAAUUGAAUAUGGGUAAUAAUACAGAUAGAGCUACAUUAAAACCAUAAAUGUCAAGUAGAGGAUCUAAAUCUCAAAUUGCAUUAGACACAAGAAUUGAUUUAAGUAAAUUACCUAGAUAAAAUAAUACAAUAAAAACUCAUAGAGCAGGAAGAUAGGGAGAAAGUGAAGGUGAUGAUGAAGAUUUUGAAUAAUUAAAAUAAAUCCUACAAAAUUAGAAUAUUCAAACUAAAUUAACAAAGAAAAAAUAAUAAAAAUAAUAAUAAUAACAAGAUUCUUAAGUUUCUUUUUAAAAAUAAUCUCAUGAAGAAGGAACAGAUCUACCAAAAAAAGAUUGA